AGUGGGCACGGAACAGGCUGUUGGCAUUCAAGGGGUGUUUGGAUAAUACUCUCAGACACUGGGUUUGGAUUUUGGGUGGUCUUGUGUGAAGCUGGGAAUUGGACUCGAUGAUCCUUUUGGGUCCCUUCCAACUCAGGAUAUUCUAUGAAAAUAAGAUUUGCCCUCAAUAGAAAAGGCAAUUAAAUUAAAUUAAAAGUUCUUUAAAAAUUCUUUAAAAAAUUAAAGAAUAUAGAAAUGGAUGAGUUGAAUCGGUCUCAUUCCACCUGGCUGCUCCCUAGCUGGGGUCUGAUAUCUGUGGCUGGGCUAUGCUGGGGAGAAUCUGUUGAGGCUUUUUUGCCUUAACAGCUUAGAAGAGAGCUCCUCUUGGGUAAGUUUGGCUACUGGAAAGAUUAUGUACUUAGUGAGUACAAGUCAUCCGGGCUUCCUUUAUGAUCAACAAAGAAAGACUUGCACCUUUAAAAUGUCCUGUACAAAGACAGUGGCAAGAUAAAUGUUUCAGCAAGCAGUUAAACUCUACCUUUUCUGGGAUGAAGUAGUACAAUGCAGCAAAGUUCACAUGUGUGCACACCAGCUCUGGCAUGUGUCAGAUCCACUUUUGAAGCAGUUGAAGCAUGCCAAACAGGGAGAAAUGCAAACUAGGGUGUUUGUUUGAGGUGAACAGAAUGAUCUUCACUGGUCUUUGCUAAUAUUCUCCAGUCUUUGCCAACAGAAGCAGCUCAGUUCAAGGGCAGAUGGGCACCAGGGCUGCCACAGGCUGAACCAAGCUACCAAGAGUUCUAGUAACAGUGGUGGAGCUGACCAAGGGACAUCUGCUGCUGCCAACAAGCUGGAGAUCCUGGAGGAGAAAGAGAUCUUCCUCUUCUGGAGGAGGAAAGUGGAGCACUGCAAGGCAGUAAGUUCACAUCCGAACCAUCGUGCUUUGUAGCGGACAGGUCGGAAAAGACCGCAUAACCUGGAGCAGUUCAUUUGACUGAAUGGAACAUCUGUUGUCCGUCAAGAACUUGGAGCAUGGCAAUGAGUGAUGUCAGUGAGUCUGUGGUCCUGAGCAAUGGCAGCAUCUUGUCAAAUGCUACCAGCCCAAGUAUUGUUGCGGCUAAUGAUGGAGACGUUGCUUUCCAGCAGCUCCCAUCCAAGGAAACACCAAGAGCAAAAGCAAAUCCAAAUGGCUGCCUGCAAUUUAAUGGUACAAUCAAACCAUCCUUUCUGCCUUUAGACAACCAAAGAACUCAGCAGAUGUUGUCACAAUGCUGCCACCCUUGCCCAUACCAUCAUUCUAUAAGUAGCCAUAAUAACAGGCAAGAAUGUCAUUCAGUGGUUGGCAGCUCAGCACCAUCUCCUAUGACUUCGUGCUGCAUGCAGCCACAUACUGAGUAUUCAGCAUGUAUUUGCCGAAAACACACACCCAUAUAUCAGCCUGCCUGCUGUCUUCAGCCUUCCCCAUCCUUCUGCCUUCACCAUCAGUGGCCUGACCAUUUUCAGCAUCAACCUGUGCAACAGCAUAUAGCCAGGAUAAGCCGCAAAUUCCUCCAUCUGUCCAGGAAGGAAGAACAAAGCCUGUGCCUGUUGAAGUCACAUAUAUUACACCUGAAGUCCCCCUGUUCCAGAGUGAAACUUAGGCCAGCCAGACCAUUCAAGUUACCAAAAAGCUAUGCUGCUCUGAUAGCUGACUGGCCCGUGGUGGUCCUGGGCAUGUGUACUGUGUUAAUAGUGGUCUGCGCACUGGUUGGAAUAUUAGUUCCAGAUCUCCCAGAUUUCUCUGAUCCAUUGCUGGGUUUUGAACCAAGAGGAACGGCAAUAGGACAGAGAUUGGUUACAUGGAACAAUAUGGUGAAAAACACAGGAUACAAAGCAACACUAGCGAAUUAUCCUUUUAAAUAUGCAGAUGAGCAAGCUAAAAGUCAUCAAGAUGACAGAUGGUCAGAUGAUCACUAUGAAAGAGAAAAGAGACAAGCAGAAUGGAACUUUCACAAGGAUACCUUUUUUUGUGAUAUUCCAAGUGAUCGCUAUUCGCGAGUGGUGUUUACAUCAACAGAAGGAGAGAAUUUAUGGAAUUUGAAUGCAAUUAAGUCAAUGUGCAAUGUAGAUAACCUAAGGAUCAGAUCCCAUUCCCAGUUCGGUGAUCUCUGCCAGAGAGCCACUGCUGCUUCUUGCUGUCCCAGCUGGACACUGGGCAACUAUAUUGCCAUCCUAAACAACAGGUCAUCAUGUCAAAAAAUUGUAGAACGGGACGUCUCUCACACCCUAAAGCUGCUUCGCACGUGUGCCAAAUACUAUUACAAUGGAACCCUGGGGCCAGACUGCUGGGAUAUGAAUGCCAAAAGGAAGGACCAACUCAAGUGUACAAAUGUGCCUCGCAAAUGUACCAAGUACAAUGCUGUUUACCAGAUCCUUCACUAUCUAGUGGACAAGGAUUUUCUAAGCCCAAAGACAGCUGACUAUGUCUUACCAGCUUUAAAAUAUAGCAUGCUCUUCUCUCCAACUGAGAAAGGAGAAAGCAUGAUGAGUAUUUACCUUGAUAACUUUGAGAACUGGAACUCUUCAGAUGGUGUGACAACCGUCACAGGAAUUGAGUUUGGAAUAAAACAUAGUUUGUUUCAAGAUUACCUGUUGAUGGAUACUGUGUAUCCUGCCAUAGCCAUUGUAAUUGUUCUGUUAGUUAUGUGUGUGUACACUAAGUCCAUGUUUAUCACGCUGAUGACUAUGUUUGCAAUAAUUAGUUCCUUGAUUGUUUCUUAUUUUCUGUAUCGAGUAGUAUUUAAUUUUGAGUUCUUUCCAUUCAUGAAUCUCACUGCAUUAAUUAUUCUUGUUGGGAUCGGAGCAGAUGAUGCUUUUGUCUUAUGUGACGUUUGGAACUACACAAAAUUUGAUAAACCUCAUGCUGGAACUUCUGAGACAGUGAGCAUCACGUUGCAGCAUGCUGCUCUUUCCAUGUUUGUCACCAGUUUUACCACCGCUGCUGCCUUCUAUGCUAAUUAUGUCAGCAAUAUCACAGCAAUCAGAUGUUUUGGUGUCUAUGCUGGCACUGCCAUCUUGGUAAAUUAUGUUUUAAUGGUUACUUGGCUACCUGCUGUAGUUGUGUUACAUGAACGUUAUCUUCUCAAUAUUUUCAGUUGCUUUAAAAAACCUCAGCAGAGGGUGUACAACAACAAAAACUGCUGGACAGUGUUGUGCCAAAUGUUCCACAAGGUUAUUUUUGCAGUCUCAGAAGCAUCCAGGAUAUUUUUUGAAAAAGUUUUGCCAUGCAUUGUUAUCAAAUUUCGUUAUAUUUGGCUUUUCUGGUUCCUUGCCUUAACAAUUGGUGGAGCAUACAUUGUCUGUAUAAAUCCAAAGAUGAAAUUGCCGUCAUUGGAGCUCUCUGAGUUUCAGGUAUUUAGGUCUUCUCACCCCUUUGAACGAUACGAUGCAGAAUACAAAAAGCUUUUCAUGUUUGAACGUGUCCACCACGGAGAGGAGCUCCACAUGCCAAUUACGGUAAUCUGGGGUGUCACGCCUGAAGAUAAUGGUGACCCUUUAAAUCCUAAAAGUAAAGGGAAGCUGCAACUAGAUAGCAGUUUUAAUAUUGCUAGCCCGGCUUCACAGGUUUGGAUUUUGCGCUUCUGUCAGAAGCUAAGAAAUCAAACAUUCUUUUAUCAGACUGAAGAACAAGACUUCACAAGCUGCUUUAUUGAAACAUUUAAGCAGUGGAUGGAAAAUCAGGACUGUGAUGAGCCAUCUCUUUACCCCUGCUGCAGCCACUGGAGCUUUCCGUACAAACAAGAAGUCUUUGAGUUAUGUAUCAAGAGAGCUAUAAUGGAGCUAGAAAGAAGCACAGGGUACCAUUUGGAUAGCAAAACCCCAGGGCCUCGCUUUGACCUGAAUGACACUAUCAGGGCAGUGGUGCUGGAGUUCCAAAGCACCUACCUCUUCACACUGGCUUAUGAGAAAAUGCAUCAGUUCUACAAAGAGGUGGACUCGUGGAUUUCAAGUGAGCUUAGUUCAGCUCCUGAAGGUCUUAGCAAUGGUUGGUUUGUAAGUAAUUUAGAAUUUUAUGAUCUACAGGACAGUCUUUCUGAUGGUACUCUGAUUGCCAUGGGUCUUUCAGUUGCUGUUGCAUUUAGUGUAAUGCUUCUUACAACUUGGAACAUUAUUAUAAGCCUUUAUGCAAUAGUUUCAAUCGCUGGAACUAUUUUUGUCACUGUAGGUUCUCUGGUUCUUCUUGGAUGGGAGCUAAAUGUAUUAGAAUCUGUCACUAUUUCUGUGGCUGUCGGCUUGUCUGUAGACUUUGCUGUUCAUUAUGGAGUAGCUUAUCGCUUAGCCCCUGAUCCUGACCGAGAGGGAAAAGUGAUUUUCUCUCUAAGCCGAAUGGGUUCUGCUAUUGCAAUGGCUGCAUUGACAACGUUUGUAGCUGGAGCAAUGAUGAUGCCCUCUACAGUGUUGGCAUACACGCAGCUUGGCACGUUCAUGAUGCUAAUAAUGUGCAUUAGUUGGGCUUUUGCAACAUUCUUCUUCCAGUGCAUGUGCCGAUGCCUUGGACCCCAGGGCACUUGUGGCCAGAUCCCGCUACCAAAAAAACUGCGCUGUAAUGCCUUUUCUCAGACCUUUUCAGGAGCCCAGGGGGGAAGAGGUCAAAAUAAAUCACAUCCCAUUAGCAAAUACCAGCUGGACUCCAGAGGUCAGAAGCCAGAAAUGGAGCAUGAGCACUAUGAGCUGGAGCCACUGGCAUCACAAGCAGGUAUCUGUAACCCUGCAGAGAAAGUGACUUAUGAAGAAACUCACAUCUGCUCGGAACUCUUCAGCAGCAGGCCCCAGAACACAUGUAUUCCUAUGCAUUCAGUGUAUAAUAGUGAAGUGAGCAAAAGCAUUAAAAACGUUGCUGGUUCAGCUGUGCUACAGUCGUCUAUUGACCAACAUGCUCUGUGCCCGCUCUUCUCUCAAAACAGGCAGUGCAGUUGCCCGGAUCCAUAUAAGCAGGUAACAGUAAAGUGGAGCCCACACUCAUGUCAACAGCUAAGCGAUCCCUUCUGUUACCAGUGUUCUCCUUCCCCUGGAGCCGUGCAGAUCCAAAGCUCUGUGACUCCCAUAAAUACUUUACAGCAAACUACUGAAAGUUAUGUGCAUCCUGUCCAGCAUGUCCUCCAUUGCAGCUGCCUUCAAGGAAGGCUCAAAAGAACGAUGACGCAGAACUCGCUGCCGAAAAACUUUUUCCUCCAGUCAGUGCAACAGUUUCAGGCACAUCAAAGAGUAAACAGGACAGAUGCUCACCAAAACCCAGAGGAAAACGUAAGAACGAUUCCAAAGGUGAUGAGCUCCUCACAGUUUCUGUGCCGAAAUGUAGGGCCUCUAAUUGUGCAUUGCUCUGAAUGUGACAACAGCAUAUCUAACAACCAAAAGGGACUCUGUCAGAAGGCAGACAAGUGUGAUGAAAAGGGUGGCACAGAAGCCAAUGGGGUGGAAAGCAAGAAAGCCUCUAUAUCAAAGCAGAAAAAGAAAGCUGAGAGCAAAAUAGAUCAGUGUUCUUUGCAGAAUGACCAAGUUUUGAAGGGUGACCACGCUGCUAAAAAACACCUGCUGAAUAGGUCAGUAGGAGAGGCUCACUGUGAAGGUUGCCAUGAAAACUCACACUGUUGUAGCAGAGCUGUUGCAGUGAAGUGCAAUUCUGUUGACUGUCAAAUGCCAAACAUCGAAGCCAAUGUGCCUCCUAUGUUAAUGCGCCCAGAACUUUCCAAUGAAAGUUUGUUAAUAAAAACGCUAUAAUAAAUCUUUAA